AAAAAAACCUGCAAAACGCGCCGGCGCGUUUUUAGACCUCAAAGUGUUAAAGGCUUUAUUUGACAUGAAAUUGUGGUCAUAAACACAAAAAAGGUUGGCCUGAACUGCUUUUAUAUCCCCAUUCAUGUCAAAAUCAAACCUACGCACUUGACUGACGCACUAAAAAAAAAAAAAAAGAAAGAAAAAAAACGGAAAGCAGGUUGUGGAGACAGUGAGAGCAGGUAAACAUAUGGCAAAGAGGAGGCAGGAACAGACAGAAACAGGGGGAAAUGACAGGAAUAUUUUUGAACAGUGAGAACAAAACAUGGGACAAAGGAGGGAGAAGGUGUCAAUGACAGAGAAAAAAAAAAGGAAGGGUGGGGGGGGGCGAGUCAGCAAACGAGAUACGCUCAUUCGCUCACGAGACAAACUGAGUGAGAGAGAGAGAGAGAGAGGGAGGGAGAGGGAGAGCGCAAGCCACUAUCAUUCGUUCCUGACUCCACACGGGAACACACCAUCCCUGGAACACGGAAUCAGGCAGGCUGGGAACGGAGAAACAGGAAUGCACUGGGACGAAAAAACUGAGGAGAAUAAAGAUUACCUGCCAUCUGUUGGUCUGCCUCACUCAUCUGUCAUCCACUGUCACUUUUUCUUUUUCUGAGGAGAACUUCUUCAGAGCCUCCAGUGAAAACACAUACAUAUAGAGAUAUAUCUAUAACAAUCCUAUACAUAUAUCAAUAUACAGUAUGCCUGUUUUCAUAAACAGCGUAUGGGGGACAGAACUGAGCAGAAGGAAGACACCUUGAUUGUGAAAACAAAAGCAUCAGGAGGACCAAAGAACAACAGAUAUUCCUUUGAGGGAACAGAACGGUGGAAAACACAGAAUGACUUGUAGAUUACCUACGAACUGUAGCGUGAGGCAUCUCUUCCUCGCUGGCAUCAUGCAAUGUUCGGUAGGACAAAGAUCACGGAUAAGGCUCGAUUCCAACGCCGUGAUUCCUUCAGGCUUCUGAAUUGGAAUUCUACCAAGUGCUGUUUUGUUUUUUUUCUCUCGGGCCACGAAACAGUUUUUCUCAAGGUGAGAUCCUUGAAUCUGGAGUCUCUCCAAAGGGGAGGAAUCUUGCUCGCUCUCGCUCUCUCCCUGUAGUGAUGACAACAGCGAGCAUGUUGUGUGCUGAAGUGGAGUGGAAAGCUCUCCGUCUUGUUCACUGAUGAGGGCUGCUUUCCCUGUAUCAGCUUGCCGGACAACAAGUCAGCAAUAAACCUGCUCUAAACUUGGAGACAUAACUCUUUGCUCAGCAAACUUGCUUUUUUGGUUCACAUUAACUACACUCCACUAGCCUAAUUGUCCCCAGUGGCGCUGUUGCAUUUUUGGAUACGCAUUGUGGGAUUACUAAAGAGGACCAUGGCUGCCUCACACCUGUUUUUGAAUGUGUUAACUGCUAUUUUGCUGUUGAGCUACGUUUCUUACGGUCAAAAAGCCAACACUGCCAGCACAGGUGUGCAAGCCACCAAUCGGACGGCUGCUCCGUCGGGUGCUCCGGAGGUCACUCUUGCGACCCCGGGGUCAGACGCAGAGGAAAUCCCGUCAGUCGGGAGCCGUUGUUGGGGUUACUAUGACGUGAUGGGGCAAUGGGAUCCUCCGUUUAACUGUAACGCGGGAAUCUACCUGUUCUGCUGCGGCUCCUGCUUCUAUCGAUUUUGCUGCCAGUUCAAGGUCCACAGCCUGGACCAGACGUCUUGUUCCAACUACGACACGCCGGUGUGGGCCAACACUGGCAAGCCGGCAGCUCCGGUGACGGAUGUCCAGGAGGAACCGGAUCGAGACCGCACUCACAUGAUCGUGUACAUAAUAUGUGGAGUGGUGGCCAUCAUGGUGCUGGUUGGGAUCUUCACCAAACUGGGCCUGGAAAAAAGUCAAGGAGGACAGACGGACAUGACAAACUCCAGGGCCCUGACAGAACUGCUGAAACAGCCAGGCGAGGCCGGGGGCGUGGACAGAGGAGGAGGCCACCACCCAAUCGGAUCCAAUGGCAUCUCUGGCAGGUCAAUGCGCACCAACAACGAGCAUAACCACCUGAAUAACGUCACGUUUCCUCCUUUGAGUCCUGCAAUGGCUCUGUCCCAGCCACACAACAACCUGGGCUACAACAAAUACUCCUCUCUCAAGACUAUGGACACUACAGCAAGGGAUUACUACCCCAAGAGCUACCCUAUGAUGGAUUACACACACCGCCAAUCCUCGCCUGCAACCUUCCAGCCCAUUGCUUUCCACCCAAAAGAUAAACCCUUCCUUCCACCUCCAGACAUCCAUACUCCUUUGGCCAUCACCAUUACAUCGGCCCAAGUUCCCAAGCCCAAGAUCUCCAAGACCAAUACCCACCCACUCACCUCAACCUCGGCCUUCAAAGUCUGGGACCCCAACAAGAGUCAUGUCCAACAUCAGGUCCCUCUCAUGGCACAGUCACAGCCACCACUGUCCCAACCUAACUGUCGGCGCCAGGCUUUCACCAACAAGCGGCAGUUUAGUAUUGAGACUCUUCCAGAGUUGUUCACCCAGCCUCUGGGGUACGGACAGUCUCCACACCUUCACCCGAAACACAAGGGACUGCCCACGAACAGCAAAACGGAAGUGACGGUCUGAGGGGAAAGUCUAGAAAGGACACAACCACAAGAAAGCAUGAUUUUGAUUAGACACUGCAACUGGAUGGAUGUGAAAGCCUUUGCACAUGUGUUUCAGUUAUAUUUGUAGUAUAUUCCCUACUUGUACAUGUUUUGGACUAGAUUUAUAUUCAUUGUUCUAUAAUAUAGAGAACUGAAGGGAAAAAUGUUGCAUGGUCUAGAUUCUGAUUCGUGAUGGGCCUCAAAUCCCUAGUGAUCCAACUUCCCCCUAACAUUCUGGCCUUGUACUGCUGGUCUUCAGAUGUCUCUUGUGGCCCUGACCCAUGUGUCCGAUAGCAAAAGGCAGGAGCCCUCACCUCAGGAGCUUCACACCCUUUCAGACAAGGCCAUUGUGCUGUCAACUUCUAUCAGCCAAGAGCUUCCACACAGUGAGCUAUUAUUCAGACAAUUCUAGACCACUGAGGACAAAGAACAGCGAGGAAGCAUAAGGAAGAGGACAGUGAAGAAAUCAAGGUGUCCUGUGAGAGAGAAGGAGAGAGAAAGAGAGUUUAUGAUGUCUAAGGGUUUGUUAUUUCAGUCAAUGGAUAAGGGACUAGGUGAAAUUGGCAAAGUCCAACAUCCCUAGGACUCUUUACCUCAACACCUUCAUCAAAGGAUGCAUUCCAGCACUUGUUUAGGGAGCAGAACACCAACAUCACUUCAAGUCAUAGCUAUUCUGGCUGCUUCUAUUUCAAACUCUUGUUCGAGAGGUAAAGACAAGGUCAAUGAGCAAGUCUCUAUUACCGACAGACCUCAAGAGAGACUUUUCAGGGGACAAAAGUCGCCCGCAGAGAUAAGGUGCCAUAGUGACGGAGGAGCACACAACUAGGUGAACAAGUCCGGCAAUGUCAUAUGUAGCACUGCCAAAACAACUUUCCUAAAAUGACCAAUGUGUAUUCUUUGCAAUAUCUGUCAAACAGCCUGCUUCCUCUGAAUACUUCCAAAUGUAAAUAAUUACACUUUUGGUGAAAGCAAGAACGUAUUUUACCGAUCGUUUGGUGGCCAAAUCUAGCAUGUAGCGGCAAUACCUACACCCUAUUGUAGCACCCUAAUGCACACGGCAUGGAAAACCAUUAAAUCUGGUGCUGGGCAUCGGUUUCAGAGUGAAGAGUUUAGGUGUCUCUGGAAUUGCUCAAGAGACCAGGAAAAAUGGUAGCAAUGCUAGGCCUAUCUGUCCUCUCCCGCCUGGGGCCAAAUGACUGAUGGAUACAGCUGUCAAACUCACUCACUUUCUGCUCUUCCAAGCUGUUCCCAGCCAGGCGUUUGGCUGCCACACUGCCACAGAACAGCAGGGGGCGCUGUAAUUGAUGAUGGCCUGCUUCUAAUACAGCAGAUUCGAAAAUAUGUUCUCCAGUGCUUUCUGUAGACUUGUUCUUUUCUUGUCUGUUUUGUCUUUUUCAUCCACAAUGGAUCUGAAUGGAGAUUUAGCAUUCUUCCUCGAAGACAAAUGCAAGGUGACAAAACAAAAUUUAAUUAUGCACCAAUUUAAAGGAGACCUGCAGAAAUGUGUGAUGGUGACCUCUUGCUUCUUUACAUGACAAUAAAGCAUCUGUGUACUGAGCAAACAGAUGUGUCUAAAAAGUAGCACACUUUGUUUGAACAGCCUUGUGAGAUUUUACGGGCCAAUGACAACUAAUGUACAAGCCACCUAGGGACUUAUUCAAGAGUGUGAAAUGUUCAGAGUUCAACGAAACUGCUCCUUUGGGCUGCUUGCAAAUAAAACGGCAAGAGGCAGAGAUGGAUUAUUGAACUCGGAACGAGAACACUAGAUUCCAUUAUACUCAUUGCAGUACACUUUACAGCAAUUGAGCUUGUAAUGAACUAUAAAAAGGGACAAAAAAGGAAGUUCUCUCUCUCUAUUCUCACCAGAUUCAUUUUGGAGUUAAUUUCAACUUCUGGACCAACUCCAGGGACAGCAGCUCCAAAAAUAUGACAGCAAAUACAGUUACAGCAUGUUCCUGGAUGGCUAUUUUCAACCGUUGAAUUGAUGUGAGGAUGUAUCAACAUGCUCUCAUGGGUCAGCGUCGAGUCAAACUAUCCUGAGCUACAGUGAUGCUUCAUUUUGUCUCAGUGGCAAUUUUCUCCAGAGUGUCAUUGGGUUUCAGGGGCAAACCCUGGAGGACAGACACGUCUGGCACAGAGAUGUCAAGCGAUGCCAAGGUGAGCCAGCUACACAACCCUCUGCCUGGAACGGAGCCACUUUGUGUGCCAGGAGGUCAUGAAGUCUGUCUUUGAGGAAUGCUCGAGAAGAGCAGAGUAGAUUUAUCUGUCAAUAAAACCACAGUGACAAAGAUCAGCUUAAAACCUGAAUCAAAUGAGGAAUAACUUCCUGGAAUAAACUUUGUACAAAUCAAGUAAAGCACUGGAUUGGUCAGGUUACUUCUUUAAUUCUGCAGGUUAAAGACUAAAAAGUGAAAUCAAGUGAUGGUGUGUGCAUUCACAUCUGUCACAAAGAAACACAAGGUGUAAAUAUCUUCUUCCGAAUUCCUUCGGUGUGAAGACUCGUUUCCAGUGGUUAUUUUAAACCACCCAAAUAAGCUGAAUGACUGUUGUUUCUGAGUUCUUCUUAACAUACAAGUGUUCUACCUGUGAUGUGAAUGCCACCGGGUAGCAUUUUAUCUUUAGCAAUAUAUGAUGUACUUUUUACUGUUUAUGUACUAUUUGCAAUGUUGUUUUUUUGUACCGUAAGCGUAAACGGAAUCAGAGUCGAGCCUGCCGCAGUUGACAACCAUUUGACGGAGAUGAAGUGCUUCCGAAUUUUAACACCCUUCUCACUUUCCUUACUAACUUAAAAGAUGUCUUGCCAUAUUUUAAGCUUGCGCUAUAUGUAUAAAGCAUAUGCUUUAUUUAAUCAUUUUUAAAAGAUGUAUUAUAACCAAUGCUUGAAUGACAUCUUAGUUGCCAGUCCAGAGACAUGUAAUAUGUAUAUUAGAGAAUCACAUUGUUCCCAUUUGUUUGAUGGCUCCAUUCGUUUGGUGGUAUGUUUGACCAAUCUAAUCUUAUGCACUAUUCUAAGCUGUACCUUUUGUCGAUGUAUAAUUAGGAUGAAUUCUACUAAGGGCUUUUAAAGAGGCGUGUGCUCUUAAGAGGAGUUGCCCGUAUUCAACAUGGAAAGGGUUAGUUUUUCCCAAUGCAAUGAGGAGUACAUUUGCUUGUGUUGAGUGGACAGAGCUUACUUUGGUGAAUUCUGUUUUGUGAUCAAAAGUUGAGAAAGUUUCUAGCUAUAACACACUCAUGGGUUGUGUAAUACCAUCCAUCGCCAAGCAAAAAAUGUUCCCUUCUUAAGAAAACAGGAAUGUUCUUGUUUGAACCCAGAAAAGAUAUGCAAAAAUGUGUUAAAGGUAUAUGAGAGCUUAUUACAGGCAUGGAAAAAGACAACUGCUCUAAGAUUGAACUUACCAGCAUUAAAGGAAAUCCAAAGCCAGCUACAGCACUGCAGGUUGAUCCUAAUUAAAAGUCACUGGUUAAAUCAUCGAUAAAAAGGACGUCAGGAAGACUAAUUAGGCUUGUCUGUUAACUUAAACAAGGCCAGGUUUUUUUUUACCGCAGCACUAGCAUUGAGAAAUUUCUCCUGUCACAUUUGUGUUUUACAUGUUUACUGAUUAUAUACGCCCGUUUAUUCAUACAUCAGGUUUAAAAGAGCAAAAAGUUUAAUAUAUAUAUAUAAAUAAUGUGUAAAAAUGUAUGUAUAUGAUGUGAAUAUAAUGCAGCAUUAGUUUACAGCCUUUCACAAAUACACACACACUCUAGAGCUGAGGAUUUGAGAUUGUAAACACAGUGUUUUGUGCGUGUAAACUUUUCAAAUGCUUUUCUGGGUGCAGCCAGCUGAUGUUACAUCAUGUCCUGAGAUGUGACACGACACGUUUAUAAGUAAUUUAUUUGUCCAAAAUACCAUGCAAACACUGCAACAGUGACUGGUUUCUGGAAGUAUUAUUUCCAAAUGAUAUUUCAGUGAACCAAGCCAAUGGCUCUGAGAUCAAUCAUUCAAUCAACAUUUAAGAAAAAAGUAUUUUGAAUUUAAAAAAGGGAAAAAGAGACAAAAGCAUAAGACUAUACUGAGCAUUUUUUGAUGAAGUGAUGAAGUUCUCAAACCAAAAAGCACUGCAAAUGAUGUAAAAUGUAAAAUGAUUCAUUAUCAAAGUCAUUGAUUAUCAGAAAUAGUAUUGAGUAUAAUGUUUGAAAAUAUUCAAACAUAAAACUUUAAUUAUACCAUUAGCAGUGCUUUAUGGGAUCAAUGGGGAUUUUACUUCCUGUUGUGCUCUAGCAAGCAGGAUUUUGGACCAAUAAGAUUUCACCGUGGGCGGGGCUACCCAACACAAUGCUAUAAUAGUCAUGUCUGGUUAGGACACAGGUUCCCUUGCUGAGAUAAACAACACAGUAUACUCUUUCCCUUCCUUUAGCUCGGUGUCAUCAGCAUUCACUCUCUCUUUUCCACUCAUCCUAGCUUCCUCUUCUAACUCCUCAAGGCUCAAUGGACGUUCACAUUAAAUUCGAUUAAAUUGUUGGGGGUCACAGAGUCUAUCCUGUCUGCAUUCUUAAUGGCAGUCACCAUAUUACAUGGUAGUUUAUUUGCAUAAAAUUGAACCUACAUUAACUUUGGGGAUCUUGUCGCUUGUGUCACCCAGUUAAUUGUCAUCCCUCGAUAAAAAUGGCAAAUCACCGUCAGUGUGAACGUCCAGUCAUCAUCCAUCUUCAAAAUGACAUAAAUGUAAACAGGACCUGUAGACAGGGGUGUAAGAAAUACUGAGAAAAUAUACUCUUGUAUGGGUACUGUGUCGAUCAAUAUCACGAUUUUUGAUCAUGGUGAGACUUCAAAAAAUUCGACAUCAAACCCUUGAACUGUAGUGUAAUUGUACAUAGCUUUUAAAACAAAUGAAAUCAUUUUGGCAUUUCAGACUUUGUUUGGUAAAGUAACUUUGAUGCAAAGCAUAUUUAACCGUAUUUGUCUUCAAUGUCCCGAAUAUAUAAGACUCUAGGACACUAAAAUGCGUUUAGUGCUAAACUGAAAUUAAUAAUGCAUUGUGCAGAUCGAACAUGUUUGAGUCAAAUUCAUUUUCAACAAUGGUUACAAUAUGUUGUGGUGAUUGAUGAGAUGUCUUUUAACAAGGAUGAAUGACUAUACUUUGACCAAUUACAGUACAUUUUACAUUGAUUUUACUGCUUGUUUCUUUGGAUUCCGGGACCAGUGUUGCCAAGUCUGCGGCUUUCCGGUGGAACUACUUUUACACUGUUGCCACGUGUUGUUUUUCAUGUCCGCGGACUGAAUCAACCCAAAAUAAUGUUAUAUUUAGCGCAUUAAAUGCGAUUUUACCAGGGGAGCCCCGCCAAAAACUUGAAUUUUCACCCCCGGAAAGCAAUUUUUACCGUGGGGCCCCCCCUAAAAUGCAAUUGGGCUAAUUUCGGGCAAGUUUUGAGGAGCAAUUGGGCGGGUUUUGUUGUGAAAACCUGGCAACCCUGUGCGGGACCUUGAUAUGCCUUUUUUAGUUAAAUAAGGCUAACAAAAUUAUAUAUUUUUAAUAAAAGAAUAGAAAAGAAUUUCCAGAACGCAACAUUUUCAAGUACCUUAUACCCUUGCCUACAGGAACCCGAGCAGCCAGAACUUCAACUACUGCACCAUCUCACACUUGGACAGUUUCAUUGAUUAUAAUCUAGUUUUGUCGUAUCACUCACUUGCAGUGUAGACCUCAUAUUACAGUAGUCUCUCUCUCCUUCCUUCUCUCUCUGUCACUGUCUCGUUUGUGUUUGUUCCUCCGUCUCUCAUCGGAACAGUGGGAGGCGUAAGUCUCAGCUGUCGGUGAUAUCUAAGUUAAUAUGGGUCUCCUGAGGCUGGGGAGAGAGAGAAAUGGAGGAUAAUACAGUACAUGAUGAUGAAGAACUGUGGGUGGAGAGAGGAGAUCUGUCAUCCUCUCCUCUCGUUUCCAUGUACUCCAUCUCUUUUGCUUGUCUAAUGCCCCAUUUCCAUAUCUGCCAUGCUUUUUUUCUCUUUAAGUCUGGUUGCACUUUGAGGAGAUGUUGAAUAAUUCAGAGAAAUAAAAAUUUACAGGAUGGUAAAAGAGAGAGACAGUCAGAGAAACACAGCUGUAGAAAGCACAUGAAAAACUGGCAAUUCAAAAGUGAAGCCGGAAUGCACCUAUUUGAGUUGAACCACAAUUUAUUGUCGUAUAAGUGUGUAAGUUGUACGUUUUUAGAAGACAUUUAUGGACUGUUAUGAUGUCUGGGAAGGUUUGGCUUGACUAUUAAGGAAUAUCCUAGGUUCGAAACAAGGUUAAGACCCCGUGAAUUCGCUUGAUUAGCACCAUUUUGUGCCCUGUGUUGACAUUUUCUAUUAAAACAGGAAGUUUGAGUGGGAAACAUUAAAAUCUCAUCCCUUUCUUUUCUUUUCUUUACUUUUUUUUUUUUUUUUUUUAAAGUAGCCAACAGGAAUGAAUCAUGAUUUGCUACAGGUGGUAUCAAGGGGCGGGACAUUCUCAUUCUACAGAUCUGAUUGGACAAAAAUCCAUUCAGUGCAGGAUGAUUCAUCAAUAUUUCUGUCUGUCUAAGAAACAUUUUGUUUUUAAAUGGAAAGUUGUGAAUGUGCAAUAUGUGCUAGAUAUUUUUAACAACUUUUAGGAAUACAUUAGCCUAUAGGUUGUUUCAAAAGCUGUCUGACAUGGGCUAAAAGCAACAAAAACUAUUUUCAUUGGGACUUGAAGCUAUCAUCAAAAACAUCUGUAAGCUGCUGUCAGUAACCUUAGAAAAUAUUGUAAUUACAACCUAAAACAAUUUAAUGCAUUUACAAUGGAAUAUAAUAGCAUAAACAUCACCAUUUCAAAAUUAUAAAUGCUAAGAUUAUGUGUGUUAAAAUGUUUGAUAAUAUUUCUUACUAACCUUGUCUGUGAAGUUAUAUCCAAAUGAACUGCUGACAGACUUUAAACUUGUUUUGAGCUAGUAUAUUCCUUAAAGGAUUUACAGAACACUGACUACUAAAACUGUCUAAUAAUACAAACUACAAAUCCCAUGAUUUAAUGCAACAAUUGUUGUAACCAUCAGGUAGAAAGAUGUUUGUAAAUUCUUUCUGUUAGGUCAGCAUGAGAUCUACCUUAUUCAAUAAAUAAUGAUUAUUAAUAUGAAACCAAUUUUCUACUUAGCAAUGAAACAACUGAACAUAUGGUAGAGGAAAUGUGAUGUUAAUGAUAA